AGGGAGGCCUCUGCAUCACCAGCACCCAGCUCAGCUUCCAGGCAGCAGCUCUGGAAUGCUCUGCUGUCAAGGGUGGGGCUGGUGAGUCACUGGGCUGUCUGCGGAUGGGAGCCUGAGCUGACCCUGGACUCUGUUUCUCCCAUGGCUGCUGGGCCUCCAGUGUUAUGUCCGUGUCUGUCCGUCCUGACUCCAGAAUGUUGGAUUCUCCCUGCUUCCCUGUGAAGCCAGCAAGGCAGACGUGACUGGCUGUUUUAGAUGGGGAUGCUGAGGUCCAGAGGGCUGACGUGCAGCAGAGCCGGAUGAGUUCCUGGAUUCCUUCAGUUAGGGGGGACAGACCUGAGUUUGGAUGCUGGCGAGCCAGGCAGAAGGAACAGAUAGUGCAAAGGCAUGGAGGUUCCCAAUAAGGCUGCCCAGAGGACCCCCUUGACUGUGGCAAUGGAGGGGGGCUCAGCGCUCUGCUGCCAGGACCCUCGGGCAGAGUUGGUGGAGCGAGUGGCAGCCAUCGAUAUGGCCCACUUGGAGGAGGCGGAUGGCAGCCCAGAGCCUGCCAGGAAUGGUGUGGACCCUCCGCCCCGGGCCAGAGCUGCCUCCGUGAUCCCUGGCGGUGCUUCAAGACCCCCCCCAGCCCGGCCCAGCCUCUCAGCUAGGAAGUUCUCCUUGCAGGAGCGGCCAGCGGGAAGCUGUCUGGAGGCCCGGGCUGGGCCUUAUGCCACAGGGCCUGCCAGCCAUAUCUCCCCACGGGCCUGGCGGAGGCCCACCAUCGAGUCCCACCAUGUGGCCAUCUCGGACGCAGAGGACUGUGUGCAGCUCAACCAGUACAAGCUGCAGAGUGAGAUUGGCAAGGGUGCCUAUGGCGUGGUGCGGCUGGCCUACAAUGAAAGUGAAGACAGGCACUAUGCAAUGAAAGUUCUUUCCAAGAAGAAGUUACUGAAGCAGUAUGGCUUUCCACGUCGCCCUCCCCCGAGAGGGUCCCAGGCUACCCAGGGAGGACCAGCCAAGCAGCUGCUGCCCCUGGAGCGGGUAUACCAGGAGAUUGCCAUCCUGAAGAAGCUGGACCAUGUGAAUGUGGUCAAGUUGAUUGAGGUCCUGGAUGACCCAGCUGAGGACAAUCUCUAUUUGGUGUUUGACCUCCUGAGAAAGGGGCCAGUCAUGGAGGUGCCCUGUGACAAGCCCUUGCCUGAGGAGCAAGCCCGCCUCUACCUGCGGGACAUCAUCCUGGGCCUUGAGUACUUGCACUACCAGAAGAUCAUCCACAGGGACAUCAAGCCGUCCAACCUGCUCCUGGGGGACGAUGGGCAUGUGAAGAUUGCCGACUUCGGCGUCAGCAACCAGUUUGAGGGGAACGACGCUCGGCUGUCCAGCACGGCUGGGACCCCAGCGUUCAUGGCCCCCGAGGCCAUUUCUGAUUCCGGCCAGAGCUUCAGCGGGAAGGCCCUGGAUGUGUGGGCCACUGGGGUCACGCUGUACUGCUUUGUCUAUGGGAAGUGCCCGUUCAUCGAUGAUUACAUCCUGGCCCUGCACAGGAAGAUCAAGAAUGAGGCCGUGGUGUUUCCCGAGGAGCCAAAGGUGAGCGAGGAGCUCAAGGACUUAAUCCUGAAGAUGCUAGACAAGAAUCCUGGAACAAGAAUUGGGGUGCCAGACAUCAAGUUGCACCCCUGGGUGACCAAAAAUGGGGAGGAGCCCCUUCCCUCCGAGGAGGAGCACUGCAGCAUGGUGGAGGUGACCGAGGAGGAGGUGAAGAACUCGGUCAAGCUCAUCCCCAGCUGGACCACGGUGAUCCUGGUCAAGUCCAUGCUGAGAAAGCGUUCCUUUGGGAACCCGUUUGAGCCCCCGGCGCGGAGGGAAGAGCGAUCUAUGUCUGCUCCCGGAAGCUUACUGUCGUCCCUCUGCCCCUGGUGUCCCCUGAACAGGAAAGACGGGUGUGGCGAAGGGGGCAAGAGCCCAGAGCUCCCCGGCGUCCAAGAAGACGAGGCUGCGUCCUGAGCCCCCGCAUGCGCCCAGGGCCGCCCAGCAGCACGCUCAUCCCGCGCCUCCAAAGGCCCGCUGCCCUCAUGCCGAUGGCUGCCCCCGCGGGCAGGGGGCUGGGGACCGUGGCCCCUCUCCCGGCCCCCCUCCCCUUGUCGUGCAGCAUGACCUCCGUGCGCGUGUCCAGGGACAGGAUUGGAAUGUGUGUCGUCUGGGGUUUGAAGGGCAGGGCUCCCACAGGCCUGUCUCCACAGCCUGGCUCUGCCUGGCGGGACCCAUCCUGGGGGAAAGUUAGGUGCCCGUGGUGCCUUAGAAACCCCAGCUGGCUGGUUGGCAAGGCCCAGGGGCAGGAGGCAGGAAACCAAGACGGCAGGUGGAGGCUGGCUUCCCAUCAAUGCAGAGGCCUCCUGCUGGGGGCCAGGCUCAGCUGCCACACGCACAUGGAGGGGUGGACCCUGCCCAGCUCAGGGGGUGCUGUCAGAGCUCUGGUCUGCCGAGAAUGCUGAUAUGGAGUCUCUGAGCCCUCGAUGGGUGUUCCUGGGCCUCACUGGGGCGGGGGCCAGUAUUGGAGAAUUCAGAUUCCUUCUUUGUUGUCUUUUACUUUUGUUUUUAAUUUGAGGGGGUGGGUGCAAAGCCCUGCUUGGGAACAUGUACCCAGCUCUCCUACAGCUUUGGGUGGUUCCACCACACCCCACCAUUAUCUGGCUGCCAGGAGGCCCGGACUGACCUCCCUGGAUUGUGUUUCAUACUCGGCACUGUCCAGAGAGUGGGCUGAACUGAAGCUCUGAGCAGAGGCUUGAACCAGGAGCACCACACCUCCCUGCCCACCUCCCUUCAUGGCUCCCCACAGCCUUGGCUGCAGAAGAGACACCAGGGGCUGACACUGACGGAGGGCCCAGGCCUCACAGGGCUGUGGCCUUGCAGAUGUGGAAGUAACUGGAAUCUAAUCUCCAAUCCUACACUGGCCUACCAAAACGGCCCCAGAAAUGGCCUUCACAUUCCUACGGUGAAGACUGACUGCCCAGGUUGGAGGCAGCGCCAGAAGCGGGACCCUGGUGGGGUGUGGGCCCUGGGGACGUGGGCCUCCCACCGCCCCCCAGGACAGUUGCCAUUUGGCCUGCUCAGAGCAGGAGUGCUGGAGCACGCGUGUCGACCCAGCCGUGCUGGAGCAGACAUCACCUUCACUCUGGGACCAGUGCCUGGCUGGCUGGCUUGGCGUUUACUGACCAAAUACUCAAGAGAUUGACCCCAAAGGAGAAUAAAUCAGGACUCAGAUACCUCCCCUGAAAACAUGGGCCAAACAAGGGAUUUCAGUCCCCCGCGUGGGUUUCAUAUUGCAAGAGAACUUGUGUUGAGAAGGAAAGGGAGGCUGGGCUGGAGGAGUGCCCUCGUCCCGCGCAUCUCUGUGCCUGUGGGUGUACGUCGCGCCUCCGCGCACACGCAUGUGCGUGCCCAUCUGCUGCACACAGCACACUCGCAUGUCUUGCACUGGCACAUGCAUCUGUAAUAUAGUUUCUAUGUCUACUUAAGGCUAUGAGCAGAAUACGGCCCGUUGUCAAUGGGUCCACACUUCUCCCUGGCUCCUCUGCACUGAGGCACUGUAACCCAGGGCUUAACAAAUAAUUCGGGACUCUUUUUAAGAACACUUUUAUAGAGUUCAUGGGAGGCCAAUCACAGAUCUGCAUGUUGUUCUUGAGCUUCUCUGCACUGGGCCUGGAGGGUGGGGGUUUCAGGGGACUCCCUUGGCUAGACCUGCCCUGGCAGAGCUCAAAGGUGGGCCCGGCUCCAUUGCCUGUGCUAGAGCCGGGAUGGGGUGCUCACUCGGUUGCUGAGGGUUUUAGUUAGCAUCGUUGUUUUUGUAUGUAGCACAAGUGAUGAAGAAACUCCAUAAGAGUGUUUUAAAAAUUAACUUCCCAGGAAGUGAGUUAAAAACAAUAAAAGCCCUUUCUUGAGUUAAAAAAA